AUGUCGCAAUCUGAAGCCAUAUUUCCUAAUGGAUGGGCUAUCGACACUCCGCCUGACCUGAAGAACUCUACCGAUAAAGAUUACCACCCGGUGUUUAAAGCGUUCCUUGCCGGUUCAUUCUCUGGGACCUUCAGUACUAUACUAUUCCAGCCUUUGGACUUAGUGAAGACUCGGCUACAGAACUCUAGCCAACAUGUUGUUGCGGCGGCGGUCAACAGUCGAAUUCAACCCGGCAUGAUUACCAUAUUCUCAAAUAUAAUUCGUCAAGAGCAUAUCAUUGGAUUAUGGCGGGGCAUGGUGCCUUCCAUAGCGCGGUGCGUUCCUGGCGUGGGAAUCUACUUCUCUUCGCUUCAUUGGCUUAAAGCCAAGUCUGGCAAAACCACGGCGGAUUUAGGAGCAUUUGAAGCAAUGAUGCUGGGAGUAGUGGCCAGAACGAUGAGUGGCGUUGCCUUGAUACCUAUAACUGUUAUUAAAACUAGAUAUGAGUCUGGAGUGUACAAGUACAACAGCUUGGGUGGUGCGUUAAAGGCUAUUUACAGAGCUGAAGGUUUGAGGGGUUUAUCUUGCGGCCUGGGACCAACUUUAGCCAGGGAUGCGCCCUUCUCUGGCCUGUACUUAAUGUUCUAUACUCAAUCGAAGCAAUCUAUACCAAAAGAAUGGAUGCAGACACCAAGUGCGGCAAGCAUGGUACACUUUAGCUGCGGCAUCGUCGCUGGUAUAGCUGCUUCCUUGGCCACGAACCCGGCCGAUGUACUCAAGACUAACAUGCAACUGUACCCUGACAAGUUCCCCAACGCAUAUAAUGCCGCCGUAUAUGUACAUCAGAAAUACGGCAUAAAGGGGUAUUUCAAAGGCGCAGUACCUCGCAUGUUACGCCGAACACUAAUGGCUGCCAUGGCCUGGACCGUAUUCGAAGAAAUUACCAGAUCUAUUGGCUUAAAAUGA